AUGUACAAGUUCAAGAUAUCCGCUCCGGGCAGGGUGUUUUUAUGUGGAGAACGCAGUGAGAAUGUUAAGAAAAUGUGCGUAGCAGCUAGCUUGAACAUGCGUACCAAGCUUGCGUUCACCUCGCUAUCUCCAAGAGCAAUGUCAACGGAUAUUAUAAAGUUCGAGUUCUCCACCAUCGCGUUACACGUGAAAAUAUCUUUAGACACAUUUUACGAGAAUUUUUUGGAUUGCAAGCUUACUGGCAAUCGGUUGCAUGAAGAAAUAAAAGAAUUUAUCGAUUUGUCAUCAGAGGAAAUCAUCGGCACGUACGAUCCUAACAACCACGAACACCAGUUUGCCUUACAAACGUUUUUAUAUUUGCUCAUUAUUAUCGGCAAUAGAGAAAAAAUCAGAAUAAAUUCGUCUUUCGUCGUGAAAUUAUCGACGGAAUUGGCGAUCGGAGAAGGCUUGGGUAGCUCGACGUCCUUCGUGGUAUGCCUCACGGCGUGUUUCCUGCGUUGGUCGCUUCUCCAGCGAGGGAUCAUUGUGUACAAUUUUGGCGAACAAGAACUUUUGAAGAUUUGCGAUCACGCUCACCUCUGCGAGCGCAUUAUAUUCGGGUCCACGUUUUUGAUAGAUACCGUCGUAUCUGUGUACGGUUCAAUAGCAGCAUUUCAAGGGAACAUCAUGUUGCACACAUGUUCUUCUCUACCAAGCAUGAAGAUCCUGCUGGUCUCUUCGAAUAUUAAGCAGAGAACAAUUACACAAGCAGUGAUAGAUGAGACAAAAAAGAUGAGGUCGUUUGUCGAGCCUAUCAUGAAUAGUACCAAUAUUAUGUCGUUGAUAUCCAUUCGAGUGUUCAAAGAAAUUAAGAAAUAUAUGUGCAAUCUAAAGAUAACUGAUUCCAGAGAUUUGUCUCAUCUGAUUCCGCUGGACAGCUGCAAAAUGAUAUCGAAACUCAUCCACAUGAAUCAAGGAUUACUAUGUGCAUUAGGCAUGUCGCAUCCAAGUCUAGACUUUGUUUGCGCAAUUGCGCGAAAAUUUUCGCUCGCAGGAAAGAUCGCGGGAAGUAAAGGUGGAUUCGCGUUCAUUUUUCUAUUACCGAACAAUACAAAUAAUCACAUCUCUCAAAUUUCAAAUGAACUGAAACGGCAUAAUUUCCACGCCGUUGUAACCAGUUUAUGUGGACAACGGAGCGGAGUGAGAGUCGAGUAA